AUGAACUCCAUUGAGCAUACGCCUAUUCGCGUUGAUGGUGCUGAUGCCGACGGGGUUUCUUUCAGUAGCUCAUCGGUAUCGCUGGAGGGAAUCAGCUAUGGCAGUCGGAGCAGAUGUCAAUCCCAGAUUGUUGGUGGGGGGUCCAUUGGAACCACAAACCAUUCCUCAUCCCUCCUCCUAGCGCCUAAUAUGGACACGACGCGUUCGGGCAAUCUCUCGGACUACACGUCUGAUGCUCUGCCUCAUUCGACAGGAUACUUCGUUCAGUCUGGCGAGGUGGCUGAUGUCCUGUCUGCUCUCUCAAUGACCCUGGCCAACGUUCGUCUACCGGGUCUGGAUCCAGUCAUCUCGGAAGUCUUUCAACAGUCCCCUGGCUACCAUGAUCUGGCCCACGUGGGCAUCCGUGCCUCCCACCGGCAUGUCGGCAACAGACGCCUUUCUACCAGCCCCGUGCCCUCCGUGCGUUCAGAAACCAGCGGUCAUAGCGGCUCCUAUUUGAGCAAAAUGGGUCUCUAUGUGGCAAUCUCUCCAGCCAAUGCCAGCUACGAGAUCACACGGACGUAUCCCUGCAUGCUGGUAGUUCCUUCGACUUUCACCAAGUCUCGCCUAGUACGUGUUGCGCGUUCUCACCGUCACGGCCGAUUUCCUACCAUUGUGUGGCAGCAUGCAGACACUCGCGCUUUUCUCUUGCGCGGCAGUGCCUUUCAGACGAAGUCCAUCUUCUCGGCGAUGAAACACACUGCUACGGCUGCGGUUAGCGGGUCUGGGACUUAUCCGGAGAAACAGGCCAAUGGUAAUAGCAUAUUUUACAAUCCCCUUUUGUCAACGCAUUGCCUACAUUUUGUUGCUAAUGCCUCCAUGCUUAUGCGCUGA